GUUAUCGUUUCUGAUGGGCAUAAAAAGACCAUUGAAAUUGGGGUCAUCUGAAAAUGACAAUACCAACAAUAAAAGAUCAAAGAAGUUUCAUAUAGACUAUCAAUCAGCAAGUCCUGAAUUUUCAGAUGGAAUUCUCAAUGUGCCAGACUUUAUCAAAUCUCGAGAGUUUGAAAUAAAAUCUUUAGAAACAAAGAAUUUCCAUAAAAGUAGAAGAGUGUUUCAAAAAUUGCCUAGGAAACUUAGAAGAAGAACAGCUUCUUAUAAUGUGAAAAGAAUCCCUAAAAGGCUUCGGAAUAAGGCAAUCAGAGAAAUGCUUUCUUCCUCUUCAUUUGUUGAUAAUAAUAUAAUUCUAAACAAAAAAAAUAAAAAAAAUAAAUACAACGCAAAGGACAUUUACAAGCUAAAAAUGCUAAAGAAUUUACUAAAAUUGUCUUCAAAGUUGAACCUCAUGAAAAUUUUACCCAAUUAUGAACAGGCUACAGAUCAAAAAUUUAAUAUAAAUAUCAGACAAAGAAUAAAAUUAAUUAAAAAGCAGAUCUGUGAAGCUCAGCUAUUAAAAUCUAAAAAUUCAGACCAAACAAAUGAUCAAAAAAUUUCAAAUUUCAAGAUUAUCAAUAACAAGAUUGGAUCCUAUGAUAACACUGGUAUAAAUACAUUAGCCAAUAAACCUGUCGGUAAGAUAAAAUACACGAAAAGACAAAAAAAAUAUUCUUGGUUAACAACUCAUAUUUGGCAUGCCAAAAGAUCUCAUAUGAUUAAAAGAUGGGGCUUUAACAUACCAUUAAAACCAACUCAAAAAUCUUAUCGCUUAACACACAGAAACUUUUUAACUCAUGGUUCAAUUUGUUGGGAUACUUCAUAUUUUUCUUCACUAAUUAUUGAAUCUGAUAUUAAUAAUUUCAAACAAUUAAAAAAGCUAGUAAAACUAAUUACCAAUAAUAUGAAUAAACCUUUGAAUUCUUCCGUGGUUAAUGGCAAAAAAUUUUGGGAAGGAAACUUGUAUAUUUUCCAUAAUAACAAUGUCAAAACGUUGGAAAUUUUUACUCAAGGGAUAAUUUAUUGGCAUAAAAUGAAUGAUUCCUAUAAAAUAUUAAUCAGAAUUCAUCCAUCAACAUACGAAGAGUAUUUCAAUUAUUUAAAAGAAUUAUCAAACAAUAAAACAAUAUUUGCUGUUAAUAAACAUAAAAAUGAAAAUGAAAAUGAAAAUGAAAAUUCAUUAUUUAAAUUUUAUGAUUGUAGAUAUUCUUUAGGCAGUAUUGAAAUUGCAGGACCAUCUUCAUUUAAGAAUCUUGUUUCUAUAUUACAUUUAAAUGAUACAAACCUAAAUAAAAAUUGGAAUGAAUUUUCAUCAAUUUCAUCAUUAAGAAGUUUACCAGAAAAUUCAAUAAUAUCAGUAUUAGUAGAAAAUCCGGGAUUAUAUUCAAGACCUGUAAAACCUAAAAAUAUAAAAUUUGAUGAAAAUCGCUUAAUUGAUUUAAUGUUAUCAUUAAAUUCAUUCAAUGAUGAUAAUGAUAAUGAUAAUGACAAUAAUAAUAAUAAUGAUGAUAAUAAUGAUAAUAAUGAUGAUAAUACUAAAAAUAGUAUCAAUGAAAUUAAUAAAGUUAAUACAAGUCAAGCAAAUCUAAAUUCUAGAAAAGUGAUUGAGAAACUUUUAUCAAUAGAGGGCAGAACAAAUAGUUACAAUAAUCAGCCAUCAAUCAAAGAAUUAUCACAACGUCGAAAAAAUUUGAAACCCGGAAUGAUUAAAAUACCAAACAAUGAAAAGGAUCCUAUGAUUCCAAUAUUGAUAUUAAAUAGUAAUUCUAAUAAAGUUAGUUUUAGUAAAUUAAUUUUGAUUGCACCAUGGUAUUGGAUAUUACCAAUUUGGAUAAAAUUGAAUAAAAUCACUGAAGUAGAACAUUCGGGGUAUUUAGGAAUUGAGCAAAUCAAUUUUGAAAACAACAAAUUAAAUUUUCCUGAUGAUUAUCCAUUUUGUUUAAAGGGCUUUGUUGAAAAUGAGAUUAAAGAAAUCGAAAAUCAUAAAAAAUGGAAGAAAAGAGAUAAGAAUCAUCAAAUCAAUUAUGAUGAAUUAAUAAUUAAUAAAAGUCAUGAUCAUUUUAAUUAUAAAAUUAAAGGAGAGGUUGGAUCUCCAUUUAAAUGCGAUUGGAGAUUUUUACAAGUUUUAAAAAUAUGUAAAAGGAUGUUAUUUAACAAUAAGAAAUUGAUCAAUGAUAAUAACAAUAGUAAUAAUAAUAAAGUCACAAGCGAUUGGGAUUAUAAUUAUUUUAGAAAGAUUAAUAAUUCAAAUGACAUUUGGGAAUUCAUUAAAGAUAUUAAAGUAUUGGAUGAAGAGAAAUUGUUAAGAAAAGAGAAAUUAGUAAAUCCGAUUAGAUAUUUAAAUAAAUCAAACAUAAGUGAUAUUGGGGCUGAUGUAAACAAAUUUAAUGAUAUAAUUGAUAAACAGAUGGAUAUUAUUAAUAAACAAAAUUCAAAUCAUAACAAUAUUAAUAUGUGUGUUGAUAAUGAUAGCAAUAAGGAAGAAACGAAAAAAAAUAAAACUCAGAGAAAGUUGAAUAAAGAAAAUGAUAAAUAUGAAAAAUUGAUAAAUUUGAAACUAUUAGUCAAGCCAAUCAAGUUUGAGAUAAAGUUGAGGGGCAUGAUCAAAGAUAAUGCAAGAAUUUACAAGAUUAGCAACGAUGAUGACUAUCAAAAAUAUUUGGAUCAUAUUAAGGGAAACAACUUGAAAAGCAAUGGGUUUAUUCAACAUAACAGUAUAAAUUUACCUCAAGAAACAGCGCCUUCGUUUAUGAAUUUGAUUGGAUAUGUCACAAAGUCGACAUAUAAUUUGAAAGAAGGCAAGUGCACUGGAAUCGGAUACAUUGAUGGUGAAUUUUACCUCAAUGAGCACAAAAAAACAAAAAAAAAUCAGCAGUAUCAGUUAUUGCUCUUGAUCAGAAAUGUUGGAAGUGUUAAGACACGUAUUGCCAGCUGGAAAGAAAUUCCAAUAUAAUAACUAAUCUCUUCAAUGUUAAGUUUUCCAGUAUUUAAUGAAUUUUUCUAGUUGAAUUGGGUAAUAUUCAUCUAAAAGGUUUAUUGCUAGUUCAAAAAUGAAAAUGAAAAUGAAAAUGAAAGAGAUGGAAGAUGGAAAGGCAAAAGCAAAAGUGAAUGUGGAAUUCAC